UUACCAUUCACAGCGGUCGUGACCAUUCGCAGGCACCGUUUUCAUCUGCAGAAGACGAAAACGGACCGAAAUAAAAACGAUUUUAAGCGAAUAAAUCAGCCGUCUUAGUCCAGUGCGCCGGUACGAGAUGGCCGCCAUAGUACUAACCCGCAAUAUGCAAUUGGCCAAGCACCAUGGCAGUGGUGUGGUUGGCGUCCUGUGCUUGCGCAGCUACUCUGCCGCCGCCGCUCCGCCGGAGGAUGGUCCACGUCCGCUGAAAACCACAAAUCCGGCUGCCAUGAAGCGCGGCACGGGAGGACGCAGCAGCUUCAACGGGAUUGUGGCCACCGUUUUCGGAGCCACCGGCUUUGUGGGUCGCUACGUGUGCAACAAGCUGGGCAAGUCCGGCAGCCAAAUGAUCCUGCCUUAUCGCGGCGACGACUCUGAUGUGAUCCGCCUAAAGGUUACCGGCGAUCUCGGUCAGGUGCUGUUCCACUUUUACAACCUGGAGGAUCCCAAGUCCAUUCGCGAGGCUGUGAAGCACUCGAAUGUUGUCAUCAAUCUGGUGGGCAGGGACUUCGAGACCAAGAACUUCAAGUUCAAGGAUGUGCAUGUCAACGGAGCGGAGAGGAUCGCCAGAAUCGCCCGCGAGGCUGGCGUGGAGCGCUUCAUCCACUUGUCCUCCCUCAAUGUAGAGGCCCAUCCCAAGGAUCUGUAUGUAAAGGGGGGCAGCGAGUGGCUAAAGAGCAAAUACGAAGGUGAAUUGCGCGUUCGCGAUGCCUUCCCGAAUGCCACCAUUAUCCGUCCCGCGGAUAUCUACGGCUCCGAGGAUCGCUUCUUGCGCUACUACGCCCACAUCUGGCGCCGCCAGUUCCGCUCGAUGCCGCUGUGGCAUAAGGGCGAGAAGACCGUGAAGCAGCCCGUAUACGUUUCGGAUGUGGCCCAGGCCAUCAUCAAUGCGGCCAAGGAUCCGGACUCUGCUGGACGCAUCUACCAGGCUGUGGGACCCAAGCGUUACCAGUUGAGCGAAUUGGUCGACUGGUUCCAUCGCCUGAUGCGCAAGGACCAGAAGCGUUGGGGCUACAUGCGCUACGACAUGCGCUGGGACCCUAGCUUCCUGCUGAAGGCCAAGCUGAACAGCUGGAUCUGCCCGGGCACCCCCAUCGGUGGCCUGCAUCCCGCUCGCAUCGAGCGCGAGGCCGUCACCGACAAGGUGCUAACUGGUGUCCCCACGCUGGAGGAUCUGGGCGUCACACUGACCACCAUGGAGCAGCAGGUGCCAUGGGAGCUGCGUCCCUACCGCGCCGCCCUCUACUACGACGCCGAGCUGGGCGAGUUCGAGACCCCGUCGCCGCCCAAGACUAUCGAGGCUCGUGACGAGAUGCGCUUGUUUGCCUAAAACUGAGUCGUCGUGGGUGGAAACGGUCUGUGUUGAUUGGAAAAUUUUAGUUAAAUUGUUUAAGGCGAUGCGUCAAUAAAGAGAUGUCGACAGA